AGUGAAUGAGAUUAGAUUUUAGUUAGUGAAAGUGGUAUAACAGGGCAACUUUUGUGCAUCAUUAUAACCUACAUUGUCCAAAAUGGCACUUCGAGUAUCAUCGUUAUUUAAUCCAAGCAAUAAUUUUACGAGAUUUAGAUUAACAAGAUUUUUCGCAGACUCAAGUAAAAAUAUUAAAGAUAGUGACCAAGUAUCAACUAAUGCAGUAUUGCCCAAAAAACUCACAGUAGCCUUGGUACCUGAAGAGGUUCAUGUAGCUCAGAAAACUAGGCAAGAAACAUUAGCUGUUGUACGAGAGAAUGAAGAAGCUGGUAUUUGUUCGGGUAUUCCAGAAGAGCACAUAAAGACUCGCACAGUUCGUAUUUAUUGUCCUGCAAAAAAUGCUAUGCAAUCUGGAACAAAUAAUAUAAAUUACUGGCAAAUAGAUUUUGAUACGCGUGAACGUUGGGAAAAUCCUCUUAUAGGAUGGACUUCUACAGGAGAUCCUUUGUCUAAUCUUCAGGUAGGAUUUGUUUCGAAGGAGGAAGCUAUUGCACAUUGUAAUAAAAUGGGAUGGAAAUACUAUAUUCAGAAACCAAAUGUUAACAAUCCUAAACCUCGUAGUUACGGUAUCAACUUUUCAUGGAACAAGCGUACUAGAGUUUCGACUAAAUAAAAAAAAUAAAAGUUUAUUAGAAACUAAUGAUUCUAGUUCAAUGUAUUGUUCCAAUAUAUACAUUUAAUUAUUGUAUAUAAUUUUAGAUCACGAAUAAAUUAAAUUAAAUGUAAAUAAAUUCAAAUUAAUAUAAAA